AUGGCGACGACGAGACGACGAGGACGAAAUAAUGCGAUUCAGACGAAAACGACGACAUCUUUCUCAAGAGAAGAAGAAGAAGAAAACUUUGGUUUUACGAAGAUGAAGAAGACAACGAAAAAGUCCAAGUCCAAAUCGAAGGAACAACAACAACAACAACAACCACAAAAGGAGGUAUUGGCGAAAGAACAACAACCCAUUUGCGGAAGAAAGACAAGGACAGAAACAAAAACAAAAACAACCUCAAAAUACGAGAUUCAAACGCAAAAAUCUUUACAGCUCGAUCGCGACGAGCGUUUUCAAGAAGAGCACGAACCGUUUCUUUUCGGUCCGUACGCCGCGCCGUGCCCGGAAGCGAGAUAUCGGAAAUGGCUUUGCGCGGAUUGCCCGACGUGUAUGAAAAUAGACGCGCCGUUGUAUGCCAUUCAUAACAAGUACAUUUUGAGCGGGUACCGGACGAGAAAUACGUUCAAGGAUGCACUCAGGUCGGUGUUUAAGAAACACAACGAAACGACAAACAUUUGGACGCAUUUGAUUGGGAUGAUUUUUUUCUUUACGUUUUUAGUCAACGUGAAAGAACCGGAACGAGUGCAAAUGAUACCAGAGACGUGGGUGACGGGAGCGAGCGCGGAGAGAGUGUUGGGGUUACAAAUGACGCAAAAGUGGCGAGAGAAAGUCGUCAUGGUGGACGAAGGGUUGCGAGAGGCGAGGAAGAGCUUCGUCAGGGAGAAGAUUAGCAGGAGUAGUAGCGCGACGACGAAUAAGGACGAGGACGACGACGAGAAAAAAACGCCGUUGCCGACUUUCGAAAAAGACGAUAUCGAAACGAAAGAGAUGGAACGCUCGAUUGACUCGAUAUUGAGCGCGUCGAAGAAUUUACGCGAGCAUUUACGCCGGGAGGAAGACAGACCGUUUAAAGAGUUGAAGAGAGAAACGGCGAUGUUUAUACAAGAAGCGAGACGGUCGUUGCGGAAACACCAAUCGUAUAGCAACCGAGAGAAAAAAAAGCACCAACAAAAACAACAACGAGAACGAGAAGAGGACCCUCAAAGGCGCGAAGAGAAAGAGGACACGAACGAUCCGGCGUUUGCAAAAGUUACCGAAGCUUUGAAAGAGGUGCAAAAUGUUCUCGACGAAAUCCCAAAAGACGUCGAGAGAUUGAAUAAAGUCCCUCGAUGGCCCAUGCGCGUGUUUUUAUUGGGCGCUAUACUCUGUUUGGGAUGUUCCACGUGUUGUCACACGUGUUGCAACAUUUCGCAUCAAGUGUCCACGCGGAUGUGGAAAGUGGAUUAUCUAGGGAUUGCGAUUUUGAUCGUCGCGUCGUUUUACCCGGUCGUAUAUUAUUCGUUUUAUUGUUUACCGGAAUUGAGGGACUUUUAUUUAUCGUGCGUGACCUGUUUAGGCGUCGCGGCUUUAAUACCGACGAUUUUACCGAGGUUCCAAAAACCUUCGUGGACGCCAAUUCGAGCGGCGUUGUUCACCGCGUUGGCGUCGUUUGGUUUCUUUCCUUGGUUUCACAACGUUUUCUUCGUCUGGAAAGUUGUACCAACGCCAAUUUGGCACGGUUUUUGGUUAGAGUUACUCAUGGGUUUCUGCUACUGCUCCGGAGCGUAUUGUUACGCGUUGAAGAUUCCGGAGAAGUAUUGGCCGGGGAGAUUCGACGUGUUCGGGUGCGGUCACAAUAUCUUUCACAUCAUGGUCGUCGCUGGUGCGUUGGUGCACUACGAAGCGUGCUUAGUCUUAGAGCUGUGGAGAGAUCACCACGCGUGUGAAGCGGACGAGGUGAUCAUGCGCGACGCUUUGGUGUUCGGAGGCUAUUUCGGCUUUCAAAAGUUUGAUUUGUUUUCGAGUUUGCGAAGACGAAAAGAAUUUUAG